CAUUCUCCAUCCAUGUUUGUUGAGCCUCGUGUAAAAACAACCACGUGUGUUUCUGGCCUUUAAUCAACGCCGCAGUCCCUUUUUUCGAAAACUGGUCUUCUUUUUGUUAUUUUUGAGAGUAUUUAAAGUCGCUAAUUGAAAUUAGCAUAUUCUUCAGCCUUUCAUCAUGGUGAACCGAAAGAAAAAGUAUGAGGCAGGUGCGGCCCAAAGAUAUAUUACCAGAAAAUCUGCAAUGAAGAAGCUCCAGCUCACACUGAAGGACUUCAGGAAACUGUGCAUCCUGAAAGGAAUCUACCCCCGAGAGCCAUCCAACAGAAGAAAGGCCCAAAAGGGAAAGACGGGCAUCAAGACUUUGUAUCACGCAAAGGAUAUCAAGUUUCUCAGUCAUGAGCCAUUGAUUUGGAAGCUGAGAGAAUUCAAGAUCUUUGCAAAGAGAAUGGGCACUGCCAGAGCAACAAAGAAUUUUGAGAAAAUCAGGCAGUAUCUUGAAAGUCGUCCUCACCUCAAAGUGGACCACAUAGUAAAAGAGAGGUAUCCAACAUUUAUUGAUGCCGUACGUGACAUGGAUGACUGCCUGACGCUUUGCUUCAUGUUCAGCACGUUCCCUAGCAUUAAACAUGUCAGGCGAGACUUCUCAUCUCUCUGCCGACGUCUUACUGUGGAGUUCAUGCACUAUGUGAUGGCUGCCAGGGCUCUGCGCAAAGUUUUUAUUUCCAUCAAAGGCUACUACUUCCAAGCUGACAUCAGUGGCCAGACAGUUACAUGGAUAGUCCCCCAUGUAUUCCCUUUCAAGCCCGAGUCUAAGGACGAUGUCGACUUCAAGAUUAUGGCCUCCUUUGUGGAGUUCUACACUGUUAUGUUGGGCUUUAUCAAUUUCAAGCUCUACCACUCCUUGAAUCUUUACUACCCUCCAAAAUUCCCAGCCUCAUCAAAGGAUGCCGAAAGCAAGAUCCUUGUGGACCAAGAAGCCUUUGUAUCGGAAAGGAUUGCUGCCCUGAACUUGAACUUACUCAAGUCUGAUGGCACUUCUAAUGAGUAUGUUGAAGAGGAGUUUGAAAUGGAUGACAUCCCUCUGAUUGAUGAUCCGGAUAAAAUUGCUGAGAUCCGAGAGGAGCGGGAAAAGGUCAAGAGACUUAAAACCCUGUUCAAAGGCUUGAAGGUCUUUGUUAAUCGAGAAGUUCCAAGGGAGCCAGUUGUAUUUGUGCUAAGAUGCUUUGGCGCCGAAGUAUCCUGGGACCCCCUUCUCUUUGUCGGCUCUACGUUCGAUGAACAUGACACUAAAAUCACCCAUCAAAUCAUUGACAGACCCUCGCUCGAGAGAUCGUAUCUUUCCAGGUACUAUGUGCAGCCGCAAUGGGUGUUUGAUUGUGUUAAUGCUCGUAAACUGCUUCCUGAGGUUGAUUAUUUGAUGGGCAAGACUCUUCCUCCUCACUUAUCGCCAUUCACAACUGCUAGGGAAGGCCAGUAUCAGCCACCAGAAGAACAGGCAUUGAGGGAAGGUGUCCCUCUAAAACCGGAAGAAGCUGAGAGUGAGGAAGGCGCGUCGGAGGAUGAGGAAGAAAAUAGCGAAGAUAAUGGAAGUGAAGAUGCCACAUCAGAAGAGGAAUCUGGUGAAGAGGACGAGGCUGGUGAUUCGGAGGAGGAAAUAUCUUCAAAAGAUAAAAAAGUUAAAGAAAUGGCUGUCAUUGCUGGUGAGGUGACAAAAGAAAAUCCACGACAGAAGCAGAUAGAUGAGGCGGCACAGCUCCGACUGCGUGAACGCAUGAUUGCUCGCAAGCACAGGAAGCUGUACAGAAGCAUGAUGAAGGGACGUAGAAAGAGGGAGCAGGAAGUAAAUCUUUUAAAGAAGAAACGAAAGGUUAUUGAAGAGGAAUCCAAGAAGGAGAAGAAAACAAAAAAGAAGCAGGCAGCAGCUUCGUAAGUUUAAAUAAACAAUCUUUAUCUAUCAGA